AUGCAACUGAAUAAUAAUGUGACUGAGUUCAUUCUGCUUGGAUUGACACAGGAUCCUUUUUGGAAGAAAAUAGUGUUUGUUAUUUUUUUGCUUCUCUACUUGGGAACAUUGUUGGGUAAUUUACUAAUCAUUAUUACUGUCAAGACCAGCCAGGCACUUAAGAACCCAAUGUUCUUCUUCCUUUUCUACUUAUCCUUAUCUGAUACUUGCCUCUCUACUUCCAUAGCCCCUAGAAUGAUUGUGGAUGCCCUUUUGAAGAAGACAACUAUCGCCUUCAGCGAGUGCAUGAUCCAAGUCUUUUCAUCCCAUGUCUUUGGCUGCCUGGAGAUCUUCAUCCUUAUCCUCACGGCUCUUGACCGCUAUGUGGCCAUCUGUAAGCCCCUGCACUACAUGACCAUCAUGAGCCAGUGGGUCUGUGGUUUGAUGGCUGUGGCCUGUGUGGGAUCCUGUGUGCAUUCUUUAGUUCAGAUUUUUCUUGCCCUGAGUUUGCCAUUCUGUGGCCCCAAUGUGAUAAAUCACUAUUUCUGUGACUUGCAGCCCUUGUUGAAACAAGCCUGUUCAGACACCUAUGUGGUUAACCUACUCCUGGUUUCCAACAGUGGAGCCAUUUGUGCAGUGAGUUACGUCAUGCUAAUAUUGUCUGUCAUCUUCUUGCAUUCUCUGAGAAACCACAGUGCUGAAGUGAUAAAGAAAGCACUUUCCACAUGUGUCUCCCACAUCAUUGUGGUCAUCUUGUUCUUUGGACCUUGCGUAUUUAUGUACACACGCCCUGCAACCACAUUCCCCAUGGAUAAGAUGAUAGCUGUAUUUUAUACAGUUGGAACACCUUUGCUCAACCCUGUGAUUUAUACACUGAGGAAUACAGAAGUGAAAACUGCCAUGAGGAAGCUUUGGAGCAAGAAAUUGAUCACAGAUGACAAAAGAUAA